UUUCAUGUUAAAUACUCUUAGUAUCAACUGCUUCAUUAUUCUAACUACGACUUUGAAAAUUUAACGAAAUAAUUAUUAAAAUACGUAAAGGAAAUUGAUAAAAAAAAAAAAAAAGAUGAUCGUACAAUUGUUAAGCAUUUUUCUAAUACUUCAUGUGUCCUAUGCUAAUGAUGAUUGUCCUAACAUAAUAAGUAAGGCUGGUUGGGGAGGAAGGGCACCGAGAGGUAUUAAUUACCUUAUAUUACCAUUACCAAAUGUAAUAAUACAUCAUACUGUUACAUCGGAAUGUAACACACGUUCUGAAUGUUCACAAAGAGUACAAUCCAUUCAAUCUUAUCAUAUGGAUACGCUUGGUUGGUAUGAUAUUGGUUAUAAUUUCAUCAUCGGUGGAGAUGGUAAUGUUUAUGAAGGUGCAGGAUGGACCAAAGAAGGUGCCCAUACUUUGGGAUUCAAUAAAAAUUCUCUUGGAAUAGGUUUCAUUGGUAAUUUCGAAGAAAAAGAUGCGAGCAAUAAGAUGUUAGAAGCUGCACACAAAUUGAUCAGAUGUGGUGUUUCCAAAGGUGUAUUUCGUGAUAAUAUUCGUGCCAUUGCUGCUAGACAAGUAGCACAAACACUCAGUCCUGGAUAUCAUUUAUACGUACAAAUUCAAAAUUGGCAUGAAUGGAGUCAUGCCUGAUUAGUUUUCUCAACAUUAUUGUUAAAAUAUUUAAAAAAAACAAUCUAUUAAUACUCUUUAGGGUUUCUAUUUAAAACAUGGGCACUUGCAUCAAAAAUAUUUGAUUAUUUAAUUUGAUCAGAGUACUAUACAAAUUACACGCAU